AUGAAAAAAAAUAAUGAAAAAAACAACAUAUUUACAGAAUUUGAUAUACAAAUGUGCACCGAUAUUGAUUUUCUACCACAUAUAAUGGCUAUAACAGAAAAAGAAUUUAUAUUACCCAAUGAAUAUGAUCGUAGAAGUAGUUCAACACCAUCGAUAACAUCAUCAUCAUCUUCUUCAACCACAACAACCACAACAACUACAACAACAAAUUCAACAUCAUGGAUUGAACGAAAAUUAUUUAGUCAUUUUAAACGUUUAUUUCGACGAAAUACAUUUUCUUCGACAACUAAUUCUUGUCAGUCCAGUCGUCGACCAUCAUGUACUAUUGAACAAACUAUUGAAUCAUCAUUCGAUGAACAAUCUGAACAAACAAACGAAGAAGAAGAAGAACAAAAACAAGAAGAAAAUACAAAUCAUGGGAAUCUUCCUUCUUCUUCUUCUUCUUCUUCAUCAUCAUCGUCGUCUUCACCUCUAACUCUCACUCUUCCUAUAGGUUCAAAUCCGACUAGUGAACAAGCACAAUUAGAAACGAAUGAUUCAAAAUCUAUUGAUUUACUAUAUGAUUAUAAUCGUCUUCUUGCACGUUGUCUCGAACGACAAAAACAUGAUUUAAGUGAAAUGAUAUCACGUUGUCAAACGCCUAUUACAAUUCCACGUGCUGAUUUAAUUGUUGGUCAUUCACGUUCAAUACUUGUUAAUUGGAAAUCUUAUACACGUUUAUUUCGUGCAUUAAAUCGUGAUCCACAAUUAUUUCAACAAUAUAUUAAUCAGUAUUAUGCUUGUCAAUCAUCAAUAAAUCAACGUGAACAAUUAACAUUUAAUGUUCGAACAACAAAAACAACAUUUGAUAAUGUAUUAAAAUUAUUUCUUAAUGAAUAUGUUACUUGUUUAGCAUGUCAAAAAGCAGAAACUCAUUUAAUUAAAUCAACUGGUUUAUGGCGAAUAGAAUGUCAAUUAUGUGGCAGUCAACGUUCAGUUAAACGUCUUAAAUGGAAACUUUAA